AUGUCGAGCUCCUCGCUCGGCUCUCGCAGGCCUGCCUCUUCGGCUGCGUUUUCGGCCACCGCAAGGCCGAGAGCCAGGGCCGCCAGCGUUGCCCCGUCCGCCGCAUCGGCCAGCUCAAUGGCAGCGGCCAGGAGGCUGACCGCCGCAUCGUCGUCGGCAGCCUCCUCGUCAGCCUCGCGGAAUCGUCACGAGGCCGACGACGCCUCCUCCGGCCAGCAGCGUCGCAAGCCAGAGGGGCUCGAGACAAACAUCCAGGUCGUCGUCCGCGUACGAGGCCGCGCCCCUCACGAGCCCAAGCCCAUCAACCCUUCCAUCCUGUCCACAUCUGGACCAAGAUGCAGCCAGAUCGACGUGGCAAUGGACCCCCCGCCCGUCUCGUCUUCCUCGUCGACCCAGUCCAGCCUCGUUGCGCAGGAUCCCGUACGCCAGAAGACCUACCACUUCGACCAGGUCUUCGGCCCCGAAGCCGAUCAGGGCAUGCUCUACCAGGACGUCGUCGGUCCCAUCCUCAACGAGGUCAUGUCCGGCUACAACUGCACCAUCUUCGCGUAUGGCCAGACCGGAACCGGAAAGACCCAUACCAUGGAGGGCGAUCUCACGUCGCAGAUGGGCACGUACAGCUCCGAGGCGGGCAUCAUCCCACGCACCCUCUACCGCCUCUUUCACACGCUCGAGCUGUCAAAGGAAGACUACAGCGUCAAGGCGUCGUUCAUCGAGCUGUACAACGAAGAGCUCCGGGACCUCCUCAGCACCGAGCCUCCUACGCCCCUGGUCCCCCAGCCCAGCAGCAACAGUGCCACGGCACACGCCCGCGACGUACAGCAGGGCGGGCUGCGGAUGUUUGACGAUGCCAAAGGUCGGGGCGUCGUGAUCCAGGGCCUCGAAGAGGUUGCCAUGACCGAUGCGGAGCACGGUCUCAACCUUUUACGCCGUGGAAGCCAGAAGAGGCAGAUCGCAGCCACUCGCUGCAACGAGAACUCGAGUCGGUCGCACAGCGUGUUCACCAUGACCGUCCACAUCAAAGACACCGGUUCGAAGGGCGAGGAUGUCCUCAAGAUUGGCAAGCUCAACCUGGUCGAUCUGGCCGGGUCAGAAAACAUCGGACGGUCAGGGGCUGAGAACAAGCGCGCCCGCGAGGCCGGCAUGAUCAACCAGAGCCUCCUCACCCUCGGCCGUGUCAUCAAUGCCCUCGUGGAGAAGAGCUCGCAUAUCCCCUACCGCGAGUCGAAGCUCACCCGCCUCCUUCAGGAAUCGCUUGGCGGACGGACCAAGACCUGCAUCAUUGCCACCGUCUCGCAGGAGAAGACCAACAUGGAGGAGACGCUCUCGACCCUCGACUAUGCCCUCCGCGCCAAGUCGAUCCGCAACCGCCCAGAGCUCAACACCCGGAUGAAUCGCUCGGCCCUGAUCAAGGAGUACGUCUCGGAGAUCGAGCGGCUCAAGGCCGACCUCACGGCCACUCGCGAGCAGAACGGCAUCUACCUCGCUGAGGACAACUUCAAGCUGAUGCAAGACGAGUCAGAGCAGCGCAAGCAGGUCGCCGACGAGCUGCGGCGGUCCGCCGAGGUGACAGAGAGCAAGCUCACCAGCCUCAAGGAGCAGUUCGAGCAGAACAUGCAGCUCCUCGUCAAGCGUGAAACCGAGGUUCGCAGCGCCAAGGCCGAAUGCGCUCAAAAGACGGCCGAGCUCGAAGCGAUCAUCUCGCAGAUCGACUCGCUGGAGAAGGCGGUCGAGGAGGAAACGGCCUUGAAGCGUGCCUACCGCGAAAGCGAAGACCGGCUCAACGACGUCGCAGUGUCGCUCAAAGCGGUCGCCCAGCAGAGCACCGGCGAUGUACGGCACCUCUUUGCCAAGCUCGAGCGCAAGUCAGCGGUUGAGAUCAAGAAUCGCUCGCUGGCGGCCGAGUGCCAGACGUCGCUAUCCAGCAUGAUCGCAAGCCUCGAAGGCCGUAUCACCGACCACCGCAACACCCAGGAGCGUUUCCUGGACGGCAUGGCCUCUAGGCUCUGCGAAUUCGCGCGACGCGAGGAGAAAGGGCUCGCGGCGAGCGACAACUUUAUCCAGCAGAGCCUCUCGAAGCUCUCGGCCAUGGCCGCCAACAUGCAGGACGGUUCCAGCGACGCGCAGAAGGCGGCCGACGCUCUGGCCCAGGAGGUGGAUGAAGCACGCCAGGCGCUCCAAUCAACCACGCAGAGGCGCCUCGACGCCAUGAAGGAGAGUUGUCGAUCCCUUCUCGAAGAGCUGGUGUCGGACAACAAUGCGCAGCUGUCCCUUGUGCAGGCCUCGAUCAGCAGCAUGGCCGAGACAGUGACUGCAACGUUGGCUCGGGCGUCCGAGCUGCUCUCGACGCAGCAGCAAGAGAUUGCCGCGGCCAAGCAGGCGGCCAAGGACACUGCCGAGGAAGAGAUGGCCGAGCUCCGAUCGCAAAACGAACGCCUAAAGAGCCUUGUCGAAGCCGAGCAGACCAAGGGCGAUGCGAUGCGACAGGAGCUGACGAGCGACAUCGCCAACCUCCUCGUCAAGUUCACCGAGGCAAGGGACCGCAGCCUCACCGAUUCGGUGUCGCACAUCAGCUCCGACCUGCAACGCACCCAAGCGAGCGCGGCAGCACACGCGGCACAACACCAGUCCAGGCUUGAAAGCCUCGGACAGGGUGUGGCGGAGAUCAACGAAGAGGUGCUGGGCGGCGACCAGCUCGUCCGAGACAAGGCCGAGGAGGGUCGUCUUGCGGUGAAGCAGGCGUCCACAGCGAUCACCAGCGGAGCGGAACGCUACGCAGCCGAAACCGCCGAGCAGAUCGACGCGGAGCUGGAAGGGGUUACCGCGGCCUGCACGCAGCUUGGCAGUCUGAUGGACCGAGCUCGCCAGGAGGUCGCCUACGGCGCCAAGCGUAGCAGCAAGAAGAUCAAGCUGCUAACGGGCGAGGUGACCGAAGCUUUCGACGCUGUGCGAAAGGAUGUUCGCUCCACGGCCGACCACAUUGCCUCGACCCACCAAGUCGCGGUCAAGUCGGUUGAAGAACAGCGCACUGCCUCCUUCGCCUUUCUGGGCGGAGCCGCCAGCCACUUGUCAAGCAUGCGAGCCGAGUCGCGCCUCUACCUCACCAAGCGUUUCCAAGAGGACAUUCCGACAGGGGAGACGCCCAAGAAGCGUCAGUGGUCGUUUCCGCAAAAGUGGGACCUAGUCCCCUCGAGGCGGGACGAGGCCAUCAAAACUGGCCGCCUCUUGAACCCCAACGGCGAGCUCAGCAUGCAGGAGGAGGCCGAGGUGCCAGGUGACGAGGCCGAGGUCGAGAGGGAGGUGACGUUGGAUGCGGCCUCAAUCAACGCGGCGCUGAACCCGACCGAAGGACCUUCACGCUCGGCAUCGCGCGCAUCCACUGCCGUGUCGAGCAUUUCGGCCAGCUCUGAUGAGAUCUCCGCUCCCCCUGCGGAUGGCAUCGACGUCUCCACCGCCGCCGCCGCCGCCGCCCACGACGACGACGAUGAUGCCGACGCUGACGAGAGUGACGCCGGCGACAGCAGCAACAAGGCGACGGCAAGGACCUCGAGACGUACGAGGCCCCUCCAGGAGCUGCCCUAUGGCCGCAACGCAAUCCUGACGCCAUCAGCGAGCAGCGAAAUGCUCGACGCCGGAAAGGCGCUCAAGGUCGAAGAGGUCAUCACUAAUGCCAAGGCAAACCAACCCUUGCCUUCGACGCGGACGCGGCCAAAGCGCGCCGCGGCACUGCAGACGCCCGCGACGUCGAGCAAGCGCACGCGGCACUGA